CUCAAUUAUUUCAUCACUCCCUAAUAUUAAAAUAAUAGAGAAAAAUGUCAAAUUUAGCCAAACAUUUAGCACCAACUGUUCAUCAAGAUAAUCAACAUGCAGCAGCAGAUCAUACCAGUAUUAUAUGAACAAGCAUUAAAACAUGAAAGAGGUACAGCAUUAACUUGUACAGGUGCACUUGUUGCUUUUAGUGGACAAAAGACAGGUCGUUCACCUAAAGAUAAACGUAUUGUUUCAGAAGAAACAUCAAAAGAUGAUAUUUGGUUUGGUCCUGUUAAUAUUCCAUUAAGUGAAGAUUCAUUUAUGGUUAAUAGAGAACGUGCUGUUGAUUAUUUAAAUACACGUGAACAAUUAUACGUUUUUGAUGGUUAUGCUGGUUGGGAUCCAAAAUAUAGAAUUAAGAUUAGAGUUGUUUCUACACGUGCUUAUCAUGCUCUAUUCAUGAGAAAUAUGUUAAUUAGACCAACUCAACAAGAAUUAUUAGAUUUUGGUGAACCUGAUUAUGUUAUUUAUAAUGCAGGUGAAUUCCCUGCUAAUCGUUAUACUAAGGGAAUGACAUCAAGUUGUUCAAUUUCAUUAAAUUUUAAGAGACGUGAAAUGGUAAUAUUAGGAUCACAAUAUGCAGGUGAAAUGAAGAAGGGAGUAUUUACCAUAAUGCAUUAUUUAAUGCCAAAACAAGGAGUACUUUCACUUCAUAGUAGUUGUAAUGAAGGUAAAGAUGGUAGUGUUUCAUUAUUUUUUGGAUUAUCAGGUACAGGUAAAACAACAUUAUCAGCAGAUCCUAAUAGAUAUUUAAUUGGUGAUGAUGAACAUGUAUGGACAGAAAGUGGUGUUUUUAAUAUUGAAGGUGGUUGUUAUGCUAAAUGUAUUGGUUUAAAGAGAGAAACUGAACCUGAAAUUUAUGAUGCAUUGAAAUUUGGUUCAGUUUUAGAAAAUGUAAUGAUGGAUGAAGUUACACGUCAAGUUGAAUAUGAAAGUUCAGAAAUUACAGAAAAUACUCGUGCUUGUUAUCCAUUAGAAUAUAUUCCAAAUUCUAAAAUACCUGCCAUUACAAAACAUCCAAACAAUAUCAUUUUAUUAACUUGUGAUGCAUUUGGUGUUUUACCACCUGUUUCUAAAUUGAACAUUCCACAAACAAUGUAUCAUUUCAUUAGUGGUUAUACUGCUAAAGUAGCUGGUACUGAAGUUGGUGUUACUGAACCACAAGCUACAUUCUCUGCCUGUUUUGGUGAACCAUUCCUUGUUUUACAUCCAACUAAAUAUGCUGAAAUGUUAGCUGAAAAAUUAGAACAACACUCUGCAACUGCUUGGUUACUUAAUACUGGAUGGGUUGGUGGUAGUGCUGGUUCUAAAUCAAAGGUACGUGGUAAGAGAUGUCCAUUAAAAUAUACACGUGCCAUUAUUGAUGCUAUUCAUAAUGGUGAAUUGGUUCAAGCUCCAACUGUUGAAAUGGAAAUCUUUGGUUUGCAUGUUCCAACUAAAUGUACUGGUGUUCCAGAUGAUUUAUUAUUACCAAAGAAUGCUUGGUCUGAUAAGGAUGCCUACGAUGAUGAAUUGAACAAGUUAUGUAUCUUGUUUAAUAAGAACUUUGAAGCUUAUGCUGAUAGAGCUUCUCAACAAGUUCUUGCUGCUGGUCCAAAAUCUACCUCCACUAAACAUUACGAUGUUAAACUCAUUCGUGAAGCUUAAAUAAAUUUUAUUAUUCUUCUA